GUGUGUACCCAUUUGUCAAUUUUUCGCAACGGCAUAGCAGCGAUAGCGACAGUGGUUCUUAUACAAUUUUUUAAGUUAAUUCUAGCAAUAAUCCUUACAGGAAAAUAGUUGGAAAAUUGUGCAAAACGUGCAAACGCUGCUUGCUAUAAGCGCAAAAGGUUCCAUGCAGCGAGGGAAACGUACAGAUCGGCUUUUGUGCGUGCGAGUGAGAAAUUAAAAUGUGGAAUAUGAUGUGCGACGUAAUGCCAACGAUUUCGGAGGAUAGCAUCUCCCAGAGAUCCUCACAAUUUAGUGGCGAAGAUGCCAACUUCGAGCAGCUAAUGGUGUCUAUGUUGGACGAGCGUGACAAAUUGAUGGACAGUUUGCGCGAAGCUCAAGAGCGGCUCAGUGAAACGGAAGUAAAACUGCACGAUGUGGAAAAAGAGCGUGAUAGCUUACAGCGGCAGAUAAAUGCUAACUUACCUCAAGAAUUUGCAACCUUAACGAAGGAACUUACGCAAGCACGUGAAACGCUGCUUGAGCGUGAUGAGGAAAUAGGCGAGCUGAAAGCUGAACGCAACAAUACGAGGUUAUUGUUGGAGCAUUUAGAAUGUCUGGUGGCGCGACAUGAACGUUCUUUGCGAAUGACGGUUGUGAAGCGACAGGCGGCUGCUCAAAGCGGGGUCUCCAGUGAGGUGGAAGUACUAAAAGCAUUAAAGAGUCUAUUCGAGCAUCAUAAAGCGUUGGACGAAAAAGUGCGUGAACGUCUACGUUUAUCAAUUGAAAAGAAUAGUUCACUCGAAGAGGAAUUAAACGCAACCAAAGAAGAGCUUCAGCAAUAUAAAACUGGUGCAAUACAAGCCAAUCGUGAUGCUAGCAAUGAGAAUGGAGUGAAUGAGAAGGUUGGUAGCGGGCUUAACGGUGAAUCAAAUGAGGCAAACGAUUAUGCUGCAAAAACGCAUGAGCUGCAAACAAUAAUCGAGAAGCAAACAGCUGAGCUAUCGCAAUGGCAGCGGCGUGUCUCUGAUUUGAACAGCAAAAUUUGCGAAUUGGAGGAGAGUUUAAGCAGAACUCAAAAGGAGUUGUGCAAGGCGCAAGAACAAUGUUCGAAGUUACAAAGAGAUUUGAGAGAAAAUGUCGCACAGAAGGAAGAUCAGGAGGAACGUAUCGCCACUUUGGAGAAACGUUAUUUAAAUGCUCAACGUGAAUCGACGUCUUUACACGACUUGAACGAGAAACUGGAGCAGGAAUUGCGCCAUAAAGAAGCACAAAUUAAGUUACACGAAGAGAAGAUUUGCGCAAUCGAGGAAAAAUUGGAGUUGUCUGAACAGAAGUUGGCUCAACAGGCAAAAUUACAGCCUGACAUGGAGGAGCAGCUUAAAGCUCGCAUGGAAGCUUUGACAAAGGUAGGAAAUAAGGCACAGGAGCGCCAUGGUUCAGCAGAAGAUCGUAUACAGCGUCUAGAGGCCAACUUGGAUGAGAAAAACGCAGAGGUUUUAAGACUGAACCAAAGAUUAAAAAUGAACGAGGAGCACAAUUUAAGGUUGUCGUCCACUGUGGACAAACUGCUUUCGGAAUCGAACGAGCGGUUGCAAGUACAUUUGAAGGAGCGUAUGCAUGCGCUUGAUGAGAAGAAUACCCUCUCUCAGGAAUUGGAGAAAGCGCGCAAAAUGGCCGAAGAACUGCAUCAUCAGAAGGGUGAAAUUAUGAAGGAAUUGUCGAAGACACGUUUGGAAAUUGAGAAUUUCAAGCGACAGUUGUUGCAGCAAGAAAUCGCCUACAACAUACAACAAACCGAAGCGCUCACCCGCAGUCUAUCGCCCAGCAGCGCCGUAGAUGGUGGUGCCUUCUCGCGUAGCACCUCGCACGCCAGUUUCGACACACAUUCGUUGCGUCGCAGCAAAUCGCGCAUGCAAGAAGAGGCGAACAUAGCACGUUCGAUGGCCGAACAGGAAUGGGAGAAUCUGCAGCAGGCGCACGCACAACAGGCGUACGAAAUGUCUGCCGCAGUAGCGGCUGCUGCCGCCGCCGAAUGCGAGGACAGCGAAGCAGCGGCGGCAGCUGCCAUGUUUGCCGCUUCCGACAUGAUGUCGCCGUCUGGACAUGCAGAUGCUCAAACGCUCGCCAUGAUGUUGCAAGAGCAAUUAGAUGCCAUUAAUAAUGAGAUUCGUUUGAUACAGGAAGAGAAGCAAUCAACAGAGGCGCGUGCGGAAGAGCUAGAAUCGCGUGUGGGCAGUCUAGAGCAUGUGAAUUUGUUGGCGCGCGGUCGUUCGAUGGAUCGUCAAAGCCCACCAAUGAGUGGGCGCAGUACACCGAAUAGCCCAAACAGAGAUUUCUUGCAAAAGUACCAUACUUUAAAUUUGCCUGUUUUGUCGAGCGAUAUGUCACGCGAUGACAUUCAUGGCAUGUCUACCGCUGGCGAUUCGAGUUCAGGUGGCGCAGCAUCGCCAUUAACUGCUAGAUCCAUGCGUCUUGAGCGCGUUGCGCAGGCGUUGGCACACAGCCAAGAGGAGCUACGCCGACGUUCGGUGGGCAUCUCACCUAAUCAAGGUGUUGACCAUCCAAGUCAUGUGGCCUUGCCACAGCUUAGUAACUAUGGUCUUUCGCCGUUAAGUUCGCGUUAUGGCAGUCAGGAAUCGCUGAGUCGUCACUACAAUACAAUGGGCUCAAUGACAAUGCUGCAGACACCUACCACCACUGGGGGUCGUGAUGUCGCUUCAGCGGUACAAAAGAAAAAGGGUAUCAAAUCAAGUUUAGGCCGGUUUUUCAGUAAGAAAGACAAAGUGAAAGGCGUCAAAGAUACGUUGCCUGAUGGCUCAACCAGUAUGAUGUCUAUUGGCAAUUUGUCGAUGGGCCUAAGUGAAGGUGAAUCGAAUUAUGAUGUCAUGAGUGUAACCGGUGGUAUGGUGCCGCGUAUGAGCAGUAUGCCAGGGUCGAAAAUAUCUUCAGUUGAUUAUGGACGGCAGAAAAAGGAACACGACUAUAGAAAUGAUUUGCUUGGCGAGGCGAUGAAAGCAGGAACACCGUUUGCGUUAUGGAAUGGUCCAACUAUUGUUGCUUGGCUAGAGCUGUGGGUUGGCAUGCCAGCAUGGUAUGUUGCAGCCUGUAGAGCAAAUGUAAAAUCGGGUGCCAUUAUGAGUGCGUUGAGUGACACUGAAAUACAGCGCGAAAUUGGCAUAAGCAAUCCACUGCAUAGACUUAAAUUACGCCUUGCCAUACAAGAAAUGGUUUCAUUAACUUCGCCAUCAGCGCCUCAAACGUCACGUACAACGUUGGCUUUUGGUGACAUGAAUCACGAGUGGAUCGGCAACUAUUGGUUGCCUGGUCUGGGCCUCCCGCAAUAUCGCACCACAUUCAUGGAAUGUCUGGUAGAUGCGCGCAUGUUAGAUCAUCUAACGAAAAAAGAUUUGCGCGGUCAACUUAAAAUGGUGGAUAGCUUCCAUCGUACUAGUCUGCAAUAUGGAAUUUCAUGCUUGAAACGGCUCAACUAUGAUCGCAGUGAGCUGGAGCACAGGCGUAAAAUGUCAGAAAACGGCCUUUGCGAUGUGCUGGUGUGGAGCAACGACCGCGUAAUACGCUGGGUAUGCAGUAUUGGAUUGAAGGAAUAUGCUAAUAAUUUACUAGAGUCAGGUGUACACGGCGCACUCGUUGCAUUGGAUGAAAGUUUUGAUUCUAAUGCGAUGGCAUUAGCACUACAAAUACCAACACAAAACGCACAAGCACGUCACACUUUAGAUCAAGAAUUCAAUAAUUUGCUGCAAAUUGCCACAGAUCGAAGGCCGGAAAAUGAACAGCAUAGCAAUUCUUGAUCCAGCUUUGGUAUCACGGCCGACAUGGCUGGGGAGUAAAAUAGUAAACGUAAUAGUAGAAACAGCCGCUGAAGCAACAGCUGCAGUACUAGUAAGCAACAUGCAAACUAACAACAGCAACUACAGCCGCUACGCGCAAGCAAAUAUACAUGAAGGCACAUAGACGCCGCAUAGCGCUGAAUAAAUUGAAAAAAAAAGAAAAAAAAAAAUCAAAAACACACAAACACACACACACUAUAUCGAGCGUAGUAAAUUACCAUAUUUCAUGCAUCUAUAAAUCAGUUGACAAAGUCAUGCGUUGCAGUGAUAUGCAGUGAUCCAGUUGUAUGCUAAAUGUAUUUGGUAUUUAUAUAUAUUUCAUUUUUUAGUGAGCGUCUUAAAUCUUUAUAUAUAUAUAUACUUACAAUAAGUAUUCUAACGAAAUUCAUAUGCAUCAUACAUACAUACCUAUAACCAUAUUCAAGCACAAUGUAAAGCGAGGCGUAAAGAAAAAGUAGACGUGGGUCUUGCGGUCAAUGCUAACAACACAGCAGUCAGCAGGUCGCAAUGACAGCUAUUUGUGGACAAGACAUAACUACGAAACAUUGGUUGACUACAGCCAACACAUAUACUCACAUAAUUCAUUAAUGUUUCGACGGAAACACAAAAACCAGCAUCAAGAGUUCGAUGUGCAAUGUUGAGUUCAAUGUUAGCAGAAAAGCAGUGAAUAUUGUUUUUUGUAUCGUAAACUUUUUAGUUUGCGUGCGCUAUGUUUUACUGUCUUAAUAGUGAGUUAACGUAUUUUUUGCUCGAUGCUACUUCCGGUCUAGGUAAGUGUUUGUAUGAUUUCAAAGCCAACAAAAAAAUUUAAUCAGAAAACAGGCCGCUUCGAAAUUUAACUUAAGCUAUACUCCACAGCUGUGUCUCACCUGCUUGCUAUCUUGCUUUCUUACUCACUCUCCCUCUCUAGUUUUUUCUUACCUAUUCCCGCACGGUCGCGUGUUAGAAAAAAAAAAACAUUUUUUUUUACCAUAAUUUUUUACGUAUAUUUUACAUAGUCGUUAGCUCCAAAUAGAAGCAUAAACAGUAUUUUGCAGUUUUAUAAGAUAAAGUGGAAAAAAACUAGAACAAAAAAAUUUAAACAUACAUAAGUAGGCGCCAUAUUCCAGCCUUCAGAACCUCAGUGCCCAUACAUUGCACUAUCAUAAGAAUAAAUAAGAAUUUGCCGAAAAAAUAUACGGUGUGCUAUAUCAUCAUUAACUGCUUCCAAAGUUGCUAAUAAAAAAUCUUGCUCUUCAAACAAAGCUAAAACCAAAAAAAUAAAUAAACAAAAGUAAAACACUUGCAUGCACGAAAAAAUUCCCAAUAAUCAACAACAAUUCAAACGAUUGGCUUAAGUUUCUAUAUCUUCGUUCAUGUAAAGAUAAUGCGGGAAACAGCCGUAUACCCUGUCACUUAAUUACCUAGCGCAACCUUGCCAUAAAUUGAACUUUCGCGACAAAGUUCCUAUAGCAACAAGAAACAAGAGAGCAAAAAUCUUCGUUCUCACGACAAUCGGGUCUACGCUAUUGGUACAACUUUGUGUUAUACUUAACUAGAGAGUGUCACUCACUCAGCGUCGCUAUAAAUGUUUGGAUAGUCUAGAAAAAUAUACGAACAACUUUCUCUUAGUUUCAAAACAAUUAUGUGCAAUUGAUAUAUAUUUUUUUCUUAAAUGCAUUUUGAACCCGCGCAUUCAUCAAAAAAAAAAAAAACAAACAAAAAAAAAACAACUGUGUUCCAUGCAAGAGUUCCUCUAUUCUAGCAAAUAUAAUAACAACAAAGAAUUGUAUAUUGUUCUCAACAAUGCGUGUCGUUUCUCUGUAUGCGGUAAAAACAGCUAUGAUGCUCUAUAUAAUAACUUUAUAUGUAAAAAAAAAAGUUACACAAAUUAUUAAAAAUAGCAAUAAAAAAAUUUAACUAUUGUCAUUAAGUAUUAAUCGUUUAACCAAAUAUAUAACAUGUGGUUAAAAUUUAAUUUAAUUGGUAUUAAAAUUGUACGCUCUUUGCAUUUUUUGUUUCUAUUGUUUUUUUGUUGCUCGAGAAACGUCACAGCUGUUAAUUCCCCCUACAAUUUGAGAUAAGCUAAGGUCGUUUUGUUUCAAUUGUUGCUUUUUUUUCUUCCAGUACCAUACGCAUAUACAAAUACAAAUUCCACCUCAUGACGAUACAACCAUACAGACAUAUACAAGUACAUUAAUAAACAUAAAGCUGUUCAAUUCACAUGACUUCCUAACUUGCGGCCUAUGUAUUGAUUGCUGUUGUAUAGCAUUAGCGAAUUUCUAGUUCUUUUGUAUAGCUUAGAUGCUGACAUAAAAAUUGAAUAACAAAAACAACAACACUAUUAGUCAAAUGUAAACGAACUACAUAACCGCAAACAUCAUCAUUUAGGCCAUGUACACAUGCAUACAUUCUUACAAACAUUUAUAAAUACAUGCGCAUAUAUAUUUAGAUUCAGCAAAAGGUAAAUUACAAUAAAUGUAUGUACAUGUGUGUAUGUGUAUGUUUAUGCAUACAUGUAUAUGCAUACGAAAAGUAAUGAGCGCAUAAAUGUAACCAUUAAUCAUUGACUAAUCAAGUAUUACCGGACAAAAUUGCAAAACACAAGAAAACAAAAAACCAAAACAAAGUAAAAUUAAUUGAAAUUAAAAAUGUGGCAGAAAACAAAGUUUAAAAACAAAACAAAAACUAUUGAAAUUAAAAAGCUUUAAAGGCACUACUUAACUAUGAUUAAUUAAAAAAAGAAAACAAAAAAACAAAAACAAAAAAUAUUCAUUCGUUUAAUGUAUACCCCUACUAUACGAGUAACAAAUAGGCAAAACUAACAACAAACAAAAACAAAAAAAUUAAAUCGUUAAAGACAUCAACGGAGCGUACGCAUGCUAACUGAGAUAAACAAAUUGUAAGUUUGCAGUAUAUGGACAAUUUUAUACAAUAUACAUAUACAUAGCAUUUUCAUAUUUAUAUACAUACCUACAGUUACAGAACAAGUCAAGGGUGUUAGGGCAAUCAUGGCACAAAUGUAUGUAUGUAUGCAUGUAUGCAUGUCAGAAACGCUACAUACGAUACGAGUAUAUUAAUGAUUAGGAAAUUUUGAAAAUUGCUAUAUACAUACAUAUAUUUAUUACAAGUAUUCAAUCUUUCAAAAUAGGCAAUAGAACCAAAACUGUUAAUUAAUUUAAUUUAAAUUUAAAAUAAUAAUAAAAUAUUUAUACCUAAAAAUAAUUCUAAAUGAAUGGCACAUACGUCUACUACUGUACGUACUAUCAAACUUAUUCUUGAUUCUGUGCUCGAAUUUCGUAUAGUACGCAAACGAAUUAUGUACAUACGCUUAACUCGCUCACUCGUGAGUCUUCGUUUUUUUUUUUUUUUUACAAACACAAGAACUUUCUUGUUGCAGCCUCUACAUCCUUCAUUCUAAACAUGACGAAGCGGAAUUAGCCAUUUUGUUAUUAUUGUUGUAACAUCAUAAAACAUUCUCCAUACAUUUUUGGUGUUUUUUUUUAAGUGGCAGUCAUUGGCCAAAUUUAAAUCCGGGUAGCUCCGGUAGCGUGGAACCGACUGUCAUGGUAACGAAGAACUGAGCGAUUUUGAUAUUAAAUUUUGACAGUUUUACGCUUUCCAUACUUAAAAUACCUAUAUAAAUUCGCCUAAAAAUGUUGCACAAAUAAAAAAACAAAUCCGUUCGUAAGCUCAUGCCCGCGUCCAAGGCGAAUCUAUUCAAGGUGGUAGCAUUCGAGCAACAACAACAAAUUUUUAAGUUUGAACUGUCAAGAGAAAGAGAGUAGAAAAGAAUGGAAUGAAUGACAAAUAGAUAAAACUAGUUUCUUGCACAUUCACAACACAACAACAACUUUCCAUCAAUCCGUUUUACUGACAUUUCAAAAUUAAAGGAGAGUUGAAGAACAAGCAAUCAACUAAUCUAAUCACACCACCUUCUAUAGAUAAUCAUUGCACACUUCAAUUUGCAUUGCUAGUAAUUUUUUGACUCGCGAGCAACGGAAAAAGCACAUGAAUUAGUUUUUUUUAACUCCAUCCAAAUGUUAUGCCUUUUAUCGACGAAACAGGAAACAAGUCACGAAGUAAGUUAGCAGUUGUUUCGACUAAAAAGAGUGCAAUUACAGUGGCAGCCAAAAUAAUAGCAGCGCGACAUAUUUCACAGUUUGGAAUAUUUUUUAGUUGAUUUUUUUUACAAAAUUUUUUUUCUUAUACUACAACAAAAACUAGAUAUGUAGAUAAUUCGAAGUUUCAAAUUUUACAAAAUUUUGGCUUACACUACAACGAAAACCAGAUAUGUGCAUAAUUCAAUGUUUCAAAUUUCGUAUACAAUUAAAAAAAGGAAAAACGAUUAAAUGAAAAAUUAAGAAAAAUGCCGGGUAUGCAGUUUUAUACCCCAUUACUUUUUUAUACAAUAUUUUGCAAGUUAGAAGUAGCUAAAAAAGUUCAUAGAUUUUUGACAAUUUUUUUUUUGUUGUCACUGUUGCAUAUUUUCGUCCAUAUAACAAAUUUACAGCACUCGUUUUUGUACAAUACAAAGUUAGAAAAUUUGCGCUACAAGCAAGAUUUACAAUCGUAAGAUUUACAAUUACAAUGGAGCGCGUAAAGGUCAAAAUAAAAAUCUUGAUUUAAAAUUACAUAUGUUUUUUUAUUUAAUUUAAAAAAGUUAUUGGAAAAAAAAUUUGAUGAUUAAUUUUACGCCACCUUGUAUAUGAUUGGUUUGCGUUGUAUUACAAGCUCUAUUUUUAUAAAAAAAUAUUUAGAAAAAUUCGUGAAAAGUGGAAAAUAUGACGCGCUGCAAUUAUUUUGACCGCCACUGUACAACUUCAUUUGAAAGCUAAUUAAAAAUGUAUUUUUUCUGGCGCGAAAAUGUUCUAUCUCAAGUCAAUUUAAAAGCAUUAGCCGGAGGUAAUAAAUUUGAAAUAGAGUUGACUUGAGGGCUCUUCGUUUCGCCAAGGGGCGAAUAGAUGAAGCAACUGCCAUAAAUAUGUCUUGGCAGCGCUGGAAUAGGGAUGUCUUAAAUUACAUUUGUUUGCAAAAUAGUGAGUUAUACCAGUUUAAUGAAGGAAAACCAUACUUGCUCGAUGACUUUGUUGUUGGUUUCGCAUGCAAAUUUAUCGUCAAGUUAGACGAGCAGAGAAGUGGCGAAUAGAAAAGGCCUUUGUCUCGAAAGAAAAGCGAUUGUAAGCGUAAAAAAUGGUAUUCUUUGUAAUCGAAAGUAUUUUUUUUUUUGUUCGCGCUUCAUUUUCAGCGCCCACGACGGUAGAGUCCACGCUAACGAAACAAACCGGAUUUAAUGUAUAUGUGACCAAGCACGCCAUUCUAUAUAAAAAGUGCUAUUAAUCCAUUAAGAAGUAAAGGACCGAGCUUUUCAUUAGCUUUCAUUCGACUUUUUUAUGAUGUGUUUUAUACUGUUACUACAAAAAGAAUUCACGCGACCUUUUUUUUUUAAGUUGGAAUUUUUAUUUUUUGUGUUAUUUGCAUUUAAUUUUUUUGUUUCCUUUAUUAUUAUUAUUUUUUUUUUUGUAUUUAUUUUUUUUUUUUUUGCAUUUAUUAUUAGUUUCUUUGCAUUUAUUAUUAUUAUUAUUUUUUUUUUUUGCAUUUAUUUUUGUUAACUCGCGCACCGAAAACACUCACGAGUCAUACGCAACGAUUUGGCUCGCAAGUGAUUGAUUUAAGUAUACAAAAACGCGCUCGUGCGAAAAGUUGUAUAGCAGACAAUAAAGUUUAACCGAGAUAUUAAUAUUUAUAUACAUAACUAAGAUUAAAAACAUUUUUACACGAGAUUUGUUCAUAUAAACAUACUUCACAAAAAUUUAGCUGAAUUAAACAAACAAUUUUUUUUUUUCAAAUCUGAGAAAAGUUAUUCGUUUGUUCGAAAUUAAUGCAAAAAAAAAACAGUGUCAAGAAUAAGUCUGUAUGUAUGUUGUUUGCCAUUAUAAAGCCUUAGAAUUUUUUGUUUACAAGGAAUGAUUGGUUGUUAUUUUGUUUUAAGACUUUUUUUUAGAGAUUUAUAUACGUACGUAUUUGUAGGAGUGAUUUCUUUUUUCUACUACUUUUAUGAAACUAUUUCAACGCUAUUGUUUUGAACAAAAACAGUGCUCUACCAAAUGGAGUGUAAAUCCUUAUCGAGCCUUACUGUAAAUUAUUGCACAUUACUUAUAUAUUUACGUAUGAUAAGUGUAUGCAGAUUUCUUAUAUUAUAUGUACAUACGCAUAUUUUGCGCUUCGACAGUAAGACAUUUAUAUUAGUUUGGGGAAAAAGAAAUCCAUUAUUUUCUCGGUAGUUGACCGUAGUGAUCGAUAUCUCGUGAAGUAACGAUUAAACUGUUUAAAGUUUAUGCUCGUUGUCAAGGUGACUUUCCAAACUAAAAAAACUCUUUUGCUGUUUUCUUUUUACGUUUCCCAUUCAGUUGUGAGUUACAGGGUGUUAACAAUGGAAGUCGACAAAGAGAAGAUUCGAAGUGGCAGCCAGGCCGCUGAAAUUGUGUGACAGCUAAUAAAGUGCGGCCGCCGUAGCCGAAUGGGUUGGUGCGUGAUUACCAUUCGGAAUUCACCGAGAGGUCGUUAGUUCGAAUCUCGGUGAAGGCAAAAUUAAUAAAAACAUUUUUCUAAUAGCGGUCGCCCCUCGGCAGGCAAUGGCAAACCUCCGAGUGUAUUUCUGCCAUGAAAAAGCUCCUCAUAAAAAUAUCUGCCGUUCGGAGUCGGCUUGAAACUGUAGGUCCCUCCAUUUGUGGAACAACAUCAAGACGCACACCACAAAUAGGAGGAGGAGCUCGGCCAAACACCUAACAGAAGUGUACGCGCCAAUUAUUUAUUUUUUUUUUUUUUUAAUAAAGUGCAAUUUUUGUUUCGUUGAUUCCGUUCAGGCAUUUUUGAUAUUAAAGAAAAUGUGGAUAAUGUGGAUAAUGUCGAUAAAAUCACAGAAAUAAUCAAAGUUGAGCGGCAUGUUAGUAGUCGUAGCAUCGCCCAGGAGCUCAAGAUCGACCAUUAGAUUAGAUUAGAUUAGAUUUGUGGGGGGCUGGACAAAUCCAAGCACUCAGUCAGGAGACCAUUGUACUACACCCGGAUAGAUUUCAGUAGAAAGAAUAGAGAGAGGAAAUAUAAAAAGGUGGUGGUAUGACGGAUACAGGGCCGUAGGGAGCAUAUCCAUAUGCGGGCCCUUUCCAAUUAUGUCUAAUUCAUAUAAAUACGUAUAAUCUCGAGUCCGGGCCCCUCUGAAAACUCCGGUCCCGGGGAAAAAAGUACCCGAUCCCCCCCUCUCGUCGGGCCUGGACGGAUAACUUAGUUUGAGGUCACUCUUCCACAAACCUCUUGGAUUCAUUGAUGAAUCUUAAGAGAUCCGGAAGAGGAAGAGAACUUUAUCCGUACUCAGUAUUUCGCAAUCCAAUAUCCUACAUCUAAUUCUGGAAAACGCCGGACAGCUGCAGAGAAAAUGCUCAGCAGUGUCGGCAUCCUCAAGAGAGUAUAGGCAUAUCGAGCUGUCUACGGCACCCAUGGUAGCCAUAUGCUGACCACAAGCGUUGUGCUCUGUGAUUACACCCAGCAGUACUCUCAGGUCAUUUCUGCUGAGUUUUAGGAGAAAAGUCGCUAUUUUCCUGUUUGGCUUUUUCACAAAGCAAUUGACUAUUCUGCACGAGUUCAACUUAGACCAACGUCUUCUAUGGGUAGACCUCAUGAACCUCGUCAAUCCAUAGUUGAAUCGAUGCGGAAUUGACACAUAGAAAACAUUCAGAGCUUAGUGGCAUACUUGCAGAGCCGUCAUUAGCCAAUUUCCGUCAACUCGUUCCCUGUAAUACCACAAUGUCCCGGCACCCAAAUAAGACUAACUUUGUUGUGUUUUGCAACACUGUUCAGUUUCGUCUUACAUUCACCGACUGGCUUCAAAGAGCAGCGUGUGUUAGCAAUGGGCUUUCAGUGCAGCUUGACUGUCACAAAAAAUUCAUAAAACAGUUUUAAACCAUUUGUGCAAAAAUUUUACGCAAAAAUAAUGGAUUUCUUUUUCCCCAAACUAAUACAAUUACAUUAAAACUUAAAAUUGUGUUUCUAGCAAAGCUUGCUUUUAGCUUUCAAUCAACCAUAUAUAUUUUUGUCAAUUUUCAAACUUUUACCGACAAACUAGUAAUUUUAUACCCGGUUAAAACAGUUAAAGCGUUGUUUAAAAAAUUCCACUGUUCAAUCUUAGUUGUUUAGAGAAGCUUAUUCAGCAUUUCUCCUUGAGAAAAUGUUUUAUUGUAGGUGUUCAUGUAAAAGUCAGUUUAUUUAGUAUAUAAAAAAAAUCUAUAUAUAUAAUAUUAAUAUAUAUUUAUUAUGUUUCAAAAAAAAAAUCGAAACUUUAUCCAAGUGACAUAUUGUAUUUUGCGAAGAAUUCAAUCAUAGAUCAUGCACACACACACACUCACACAUAUCUCUUGUUUAUAAUAAAUUGUGAAUGAUUACAAAUUCAUAAA